AUGAAAUUUAACCUUACAAGACCAUUACAGAUUGCACAAUGGGUGAGUUAUAUCCUUGGAGUUGGUAUUCUUCAAAUUGUUGUAAUUCUUCCCCUGGCUGUGUUACUGUUUCAUGAUUUCUAUACAAGGUUACUACCGUCGGAUUCCUCUGUAUGGGUGCCAUUGGAUAAUUUUAAUAGCAAUGCAUCCGGGUUAAACACGAGGUUUAAACAAGGGAUUGUUUGUGUUUCUCCGGAUAAACAGUUACCGGGAUUGAAACCGAAUGGCUUGAGUCAGCCAAUAGCGUUGAGAUGCCAUACAAAUUACAAACUAGAUAUGAAACUAGAGUUCUAUUGUCAUUCUUUGGAUGCCAUUGGCAACAGUAAAGGGACAGAUUUACAAUACGCAGUUGUGUCCCUGAGUGAUGACUCCAACUUGUUUUACAGAUAUAGGCAGCCAGUGAUUUGCAGAAACCAAGGAGCAACAAACGUCCUAGAAGGAAAUAAUCAUGCUAAAUCCCGGAUGGAAGUUCUGAGGAAUGAAUGGUUAAAUAGUUUAUCUUUGGAAGACAUCGCAGAUAUUUCACCUCAACUGGAAAACAUUGAAAUAUCGAUCGAUCUUCCAAACUCAAACGGUGAGAUCCUUCUAGAACCCACUAGCGGUAUCUUGUUAAGAAGAUCAUUUGAGCAAGGAUUAAGGAAUUGGAUGCUACGCAGAUGGAGAACUACCUAUAUUAUAGGAACAGCUGUAUUCUAUAUUAGUUUAAGUUUUAUCUUCGUGAUCACGUGUAUGGCAACUUUCCUCAUAUUUACAAAGGUAUAUGGUAAGCAUCAAAAGCAAUAG